AAAAAAAAACAGAACCUUAACCUCUAAGUCUUAGCAUUUUUCUCCACUAACUUGUGUUUCUCUUCUUUCCAAAUCAUUUUUUCAUCCCCAAAUAAAGAACCUUUACAACAAACACCAACUUUCUCUCACCAAUGGUGGAAAGAAGAAGCUCCAAGAAGACAACCCAAUUGGGUAACAAAGAAGAUCAAAACCCUAGAAAAUUCUACUCUCGAUUCCUCUUCAAAGCCCUAAUCCUCGUCGUGUUCUGCUCCAUCGUACCUGUCUUCCUCUCCCAGACACCGGAGCUCGCUAACCAAACCAGACUCCUCGAGCUUCUCCACCUUGUUUUCGUGGGACUCGCAGUCUCUUACGGCCUCUUAAGUCGCCGGAACUACGACGGAGGCGGAUCAAGCAAUAACGAUCACAAAGCUGAUCAUAACAAUACUAAUCCGCAUGCCUACGUUCCUAAGCUUCUUGAAGUAUCCUCUGUUUUCAACGUGGGUCACGAGAGUGAAUCUGAUCCGUCCGAUGAUUCCUCCGGCGAUCGCCAUAAGAUUCAAACAUGGAGGAACAAGUACCACAUGAAAAGUCCCGAAGUUGUUCUCUCCAGAGAGAACAAGACUCGGUUCGUUGAUCGAGUUGGUUCAGGGGUCAGAGAGAAGCCUCUACUUUUGCCUGUUCGUAGCUUGAACUAUUCUCGUGUUUCUGAUGACUCCAGAGGCCCAUGGGAGAAAGUGAGAUCGAAGAGAGAGCUGCUCAAGAGUCUCGGUGAUGAUAACAGCGAUGUGCUUCCUUCUCCUAUUCCAUGGAGGUCCCGAUCAUCAUCGUCAACGGAGGUUGAAUCUCAGCCGUUGAUCAAGACUCAGGCGAAUCUGACGUCGUCUUCCUCUUCUUCGCGACCUUUACCUAAGCUCACAACUGAGUCCGGUGUGGAAACGGAUGAAGACACCGUGAGGAAGCAGAGGUUUCGCCCAUCACCUCCUUCUCCUCCGCCUCCGCCGCCGUUACCGGCGUUUUACAACUCGGCGUCGAGAAAGGAAAAUUCUCUUGGAGUUAACAGGAUGGAGUCUAGAGAAUCAGUUCAGAAGAAGAAGUUUUCAGGCGGUGAGUUUCAUCCUCCGCCGCCUCCGCCACCACCACCUCCGAUGGACUACUACAAGUCGCCUCCGACGAAACUCAGAGCAAGCAGCGAACGGAGAAAAUCUUCGGAGCAAAAGACGAAAAGAAACUCUCCUAAAAAGGUGUGGUGGUCUGAUCCCAUCGUAGAAUCGAAGGAACAUAGGGUUACUAGAGGAGACACGGAGAAGAAUGAUGGAAGAGGUUUCUUGGGAAGCAAGGCAGGUGAUGAAUCGGAGGAUGAAGAACGUAGAAGAAGAGAAGAUGAUGAACACCGCGAGAUCGAGGAGAAGAAGAUAGAGGAUGAAGGAGCUUGUGGUAACAACAGUGACGUGGACAAGAAGGCUGAUGAGUUCAUUGCAAAGUUCAGAGAACAGAUUAGGUUACAAAGAAUCGAAUCCAUCAAGAGGUCUACUAAUAAGAUCUCUGCUAAUUCUUCAAAGUAGAAUGUAUUAAAUAUGUUUGAAUAACAGACGAUAAAUAACGUUUUCAAUUUA